AAAUUCAAGCAACUACCAAGCAACUUCCAUUGUUGUCCUUUUUCCUUCCCUUUUGCUUCAAUUCAUACGCUUCCCCUGUAUUUUUGUAUACGUAAAUAAGUGCACGUCCUUAUACACUGUAAAAAGUACACUCAAAAUACCAGUUAAAUCAAGUGUAUAUGUCAGACAACCAUAUCCGGGGACGAUUUCCGGCAAGCCGGACAGCUAGGAACAGAGCACUAAAACCGUCGCCGUCGGGUCAUCGGAGGUAUACGCCUGUGCCAGUGAAGCGCCGAUCAUUGAAGCAGCAUAGUAGGGAUACUAAUUAUAGGACGCUAGAGAGAUGUAAAUCAGAGCCUUGUAUUUUGAAAAUUGGAGUCAUUGACUUUGACGAUGAUCUCGGCCGGGAUGUGACGGCGCCGUCGUUAGAAAUCCUUUUGCGGCCACAAACUUGUUCGGACAUAUUCUUGUCUCCUGAUUAUCAUAAUUCUGGAUCUCCGCAGAGUUUUCAGCACGGGUAUGAGAAGGAGGCAAAAGUUGUGGUUAAUGUAACAGUUGAAGGUAGUCCAGGACCAGUGCGAACCAUGGUCAAGUUGGGAUCUAGUGUUGACGAGACAAUAAGACAUGUCAUAGACAAGUGUAGUGAAGAAGGCCGCACUCCUCGGCUUGAUAAAAAUGCUGAUUCAUCGUUUCAAUUGUACCAGUCUUACUUCAAAGCUUGAGUAAUACAGAUGUGAUUGGAGAUGUUGGAAGCAGAAGUUUUUAUCUUCGAAAAAGUUAUAGUAGUAAUGCAAGUAACCAAGAAAUAGCAUCAGAGAUUGCUCCGGUUAAGGCAAAUUCACAUCCACUCGUUAUUUCCCAUGGAUUCUUUGGUCGCAAGAUAAAUAAAAUAAUUAGAAGAUCAUGUAAGCUAUGGAAAAUCCUUGGUUGCAUGCAGUGUUCUGGAUGAUCCAGAAUUUUAUAUUAGUGUGACUUGUAUGUACUACUAUUGUAUGGUAGAGUAGCAUGAGUAUUAGAUUUGCUACUCAACUUAAAAGAAUUUUAAUAUAAAAUGAAAAGAUAGACAA